AUGACAGUUGCUGGUCCAGCGCGGCUUGCAGCGCAAAUAGAAGAGAUUGCAGCUGAUAAACGACUGCAGGCUGACAUGGAAAUCCUUCCUUCAAACUACACAUUUGAAAUCCCCAAAACAAUCUGGAAGAUCCGUUCUACCGGUAGUAAGCAAGUAGCACUGCAAUUUCCCGAAGGAUUAAUAAUGUAUUCUUGUCUAAUUGCGGAUAUUCUUGAGAAAUAUACUGAUUGUACUACAGUCAUCAUGGGUGAUGUCACUUAUGGGGCCUGUUGUGUGGACGACUAUACUGCAAAAUCUUUAGGUCAGUAG